ACCAUUUUUUGUUGUCUUAUCUCGUUGUUCGACCGCACUUAGGCUUUUCGUAUAUACUUAAUCUCGGUAGAUGGCUAGCGCGAGACCAAGGGUAGCUAUAAAGCCAUUUCGGCACCAGACUAAGCUGGAGCGUCCUCAGCAGGACACAUGGAUGUUGUUGAAGAACGCCAUUGAGCAGAUUUUUACAAGAAAGGCCGAGACCCUGAGCUACGAAGAACUGUACAGAAGUGCUUACAACAUGGUCCUUAACAAGUAUGGAGAGAAGCUUUAUCGAGGUCUUCAGGAAGUUAUAUCGGAACAUUUUGACAAGGUAUAUGCGUCGCUGAAGGACAAAAAGGACAUACUGAAAGCGGUUGACACAACGUGGCAGGAAAGCCAAGUUUCGAUCAUUAUGAUACGUAACAUUUUGUUGUAUAUGGAUCGUAUGUACGUUCCACAGAACAAUUUGAUGCACGUGUACGACUUGUGUUUGGAGACGUUCAGGACGAGGGUCAUUUUGAGGGAGCCGAUUAGAACCUCCUUGCUGGAGACGUUUUUUUGCAUGGUGUCAAGAGAGCGCGAGGGAGAGACGAUAGAUAGAGUGCUGAUGAAGAACAUUUCGACCAUGUUCGUGGACCUGGGGACCAACUCGCAAAACAUGUACGAGGAGACGUUGGAGAGGCCCUUUUUGGAAAUAUCCAGAAACUAUUAUAAGCAAGAGGCCGAAUUUUACAUUUCUCAGUACGACUGUUCUCAGUUUUUGAAGAGAGUCGAGAUGCGCUUGAAGGAAGAGCGCUGUCGUGUUCAGAGCUACUUCGACAGUCAGACAGAGGCAAAAAUUAUAGAUGUGGUGAAGGACACGCUGAUCGCGAGUCACUUGAAGGCGCUUUUUGAGAUGGAGGGGAACGAGGUCUGUUUGUUGAGGGACGACCGCAUAGACGAUCUCAGGCGCAUGUAUACGCUUUUCAAGUUGGUGUCGAGGGGGCACUUGAUGAUGAAGAAUACCAUGUCGAACUACCUGAAAAAGUGUGGGUACGAAAUUGUGAACACCGAGGAGUACAAGGGCAAGGACAACACGUAUAUACCGGCACUUCUGAAGCUGAAGGCGAAGUUUGAUUACAUAUUGGAGCACGCUUUUGAAAACAACAGCGAUUUUCACCACGCGCUGAACCAGGCGUUUGAGUACAUUUUGAAUUUGGAUUCGCACGCGCCGGAGUAUUUGAGUCUCUACAUAGACGAGUUGCUACGAAAGGGGUUCAAAGAGAUCGGCGAGGUGGAGGUCGAUAAGAUUCUCGACAACGUGAUGGCCCUGUUUCGGUUCAUUCAAGAGAAAGACGUGUUUGAGCGGUACUACAAGCAGCAUUUGGCUAAGAGGCUGUUGUCGAACCGCGUUGGAAGCGAGAUUGAGAAGGGUGUCAUUUCGCGCCUGAAAAACGAGUGCGGAUAUCAGUUUACCUCCAAGCUGGAAGGGAUGUUCAACGACAUCAACACGAGCUGUGACACGACGGCCGUAUUCAAGAACUACCUAGAGAAGUCCGGAAAAACACCACUGUUGAACGGGAUUGAUUUGAACGUUCACGUUUUGACGAUGGGCUUUUGGCCCAUGCAUUUGGUGUAUGCCAGGUGUAUUGUGCCCGCGGAACUCGAGAUUUGCUGCAACACUUUCAACCAGUUUUAUUACGAUAAUCACACUGGGAGGCGCUUGUCGUGGAUAAUGCACAUGGGGACUGCCGAUUUGCGCGCUCACUUCGAUGCGCGAAGACACGAGUUGAGCGUUUUGACGAUUCAGAUGUGCAUCCUUUUGUUGUUCAACCGCCACGACACGCUGACCCUUCCGGAAAUCCAAGACUCCGUUGGGCUCUCCGGAUCCGAGCUGUCUCGUCACUUGGCGACGUUGUCCCACAGUCGACACAGGGUUUUGAUUAAGGAGGAGCCGGCCGACGGCCCGACUCGGUACACUUUCAACUCGAAAUUCAAGCACAAGCUCCAUUGCGUCAAGAUCAUGCACGUGAUGAAGAAGGAGACCGACAGCGAGCGAGAGAUCACCAAAAAGAGCGUAGAGGAAGACCGCAACUUUUUGAUCGAGGCGGCGAUUGUUAGGACGAUAAAGAUGCGCAAGUCCAUCGAGCACAACCAUUUGGUCCUCGAAGUGACGAGACAGCUGUCUUCCAGGUUCCGACCCAACCCCGCCCUGAUCAAGAAGCGCAUUGAGCUGCUUAUCGAAAGAGAGUACAUGGAGCGGUCCCCCCAAGACAAAAAUGUAUAUAUCUAUUUGGCGUGACGGCGCGGUCAGUAGAGGUCGACGCUCCCGCGAGCGUUUUUGCAUAUUUGGAGAGCGAGGAGACGUCCGCUACGCCGUUGCGUCGUGCACUCUCGCUGCGAAUACGGCUUCCACACACAAAAAGUCAGUUUAUUCGUUUGGUACACACGCAAGCGCGGCGCAGUCUCCGGUCUCCCCCUCUCCCUCGGAGUGGCGCGGGCGAGCCAGAACGGAGAAGAAAAGGCACCUUUGCUAGUAAUACAAAACCAAGCAAACCAGAGAGUUGUUUUUGUAACGCGAACUCAAAAAAGGACAAUUCACGGACGGCAGCCGCUGAUCAGCACUCUCCGAGUUUCUCUUCCUUUUUAUGCGCUCUUCCGUUGAAGAGGAGGAGAAUAGGCUGUCGUGCGUUCCGUGGGAGGUAAGCUCAUCCAGCUGUCCGCGUCGUUCUCCUUCUCCAUCAAUUUUCGGGUCAGAGCUACGAGCUCCGAAGAGGUGGGGCGCUGAUCCGGAGCGGCCGCGCAGCACAUCCUGAUGAGGCUCAGAAGCGCGUAAUGAGUCGGUAGCACCAUACUUUCCAGAAGUCCUGGCAUUUGGAUUGAGGUGCACAGUUCUGGGAUGGAGUACUCAGGCAUGGAUUUGGUGAUCAAUUCCAGACACACGAUUCCUAGAAGCCAUAUGUCGGCCUUCUGAUAUAUUGGAAUGUACGCUUCCCGUGGAGAGUUAGCGAGAUCUUUCUGGUCGACUCCCAGCAAAAACAGCAUGUCGUCUUCGAUGUUCGCAGGAUCCCAGUCCUCGCUAAGAAACAGCUCCGAAUUGAUCAGUUUGACAAACGCAUAGGGUUCUCUGUCGCCGUCCAAUAAAACGUUCAAGGUCGUCAGGUUGCCGUGGUAGUAGUUUUUCUGAUGGAGGUAUUCGAGUCCCUUUGCGAUAUGGUGAAUGUAGAACAGAAUGCAGAACGGAUUGAGAAGCGGCAGCUGCUGAUAAUAUCGAGCCUUCACCCAGUCUCCGAGUGAAUAUUGCGCCAUGUAUUCGAGGAUGACGAAAAAGUAGCCCUCUUCUUUUCUGAUGCCAUAUUCGAUGGUCGGUAUGACGUUCUCGUGGCGCAAUUCCUUUUUGGCGGAAAGAGUCUUGACCAAGUACUUUUGCUGGGCGUCGCCGAGCCCGUUUGGCGUUAGAGUUUUUUUGACCACAACUGUCAUGCCGUUCCAACCAGCCCUGUAGAUUUGGUGAGUGUCGUUGUGGAAGAUCAUUUCUCUGAAGACUACAACAGAGUCGGGAAAAACAGUCGAGGAAGUGUUUGCCUCAGCGCCGUCAUUCGCCGCGGUGAUCACAAUUGGAGCGGGUUCCAAGCCGUCGAUCAGGUCAGAAUAAGUCUUGUCUUCCAGCUUUUCUUGUUUCGCGCCUCGGACGCUGCCCACCAGGUUCGCGUCCCAGGGUCCAUUCAGCGUGCUAAUCAAAAGUUUGACAAAGGGUUCUUCCAAGUCGCAAAAUUUUCUCCCAGAACCUGUCAAACUUCCUGUCAGGUCGACGUAAACGGAACGCGGUAAGUCCCAAUUCGCUUUGGUCACGAUGUUCCAGUAAAACUCGUUGGAGCCUCCCAUCCAACUCCUCAUUAGGCAACUCGCGAUGGGUGGUUCCAAUCGAUCUGCGAUGUACUUGAACAGAAUCGCGCGGUGACGGCUGUCACCGUAAAUUGCCUCCCCAAUUUUGAGAAUAUUUACUCGGCGCUCCUUGCUGUUCUGUUUAGUUUGCUCCUUGGUGACUAUGUUGCGGCGCAUGGGGAUCGGGACGUAUCUGUUACGCAGUUCGCUCUGAACAAAGCCUCCGCCCAUCAGCUUGCUGACGUAAAUCGCGAGGCACUCGAUUCUGGCAAUGCCCGAACUGCAGAGACUGUCCAGUUCUCUUGCGAUGUUCAGACACUUCCGCAGCACAGGAUCCCUGUUGGCGUCAACCACUAUGAUUUCCUUCGACAGGUGCACAGGAUCUAUCUCAAGUAUACCCUGUUCAGUGUUGAACUCUCUCUUAUCGGAGUCUCCCAGGGAAAUGUCGUAGAACCCGUCUUCCAGCCUACAAUCGCUGUAUAUCGAACAGCCGAAAAAUUGUACGGUUGAGCUAUCAGCCGAGAGCUGCUGAUUGUCAAUGUCGGCAACUGGCUCUUCACUACUUUCUUUGUUCAGAGAGUCGUUCAGCUCUGACAUCGAAUCCUUCCUAGCCCGCCUUUCGGCGUCCGACUUCGAGGACUGGUUCACCGGCGCAGUUUUGUACUGCCUACGCUUCUUCUUCAAAGAAGUGGCUUUAGACAGUUUUUGGGUGCCCUUCGACGCUGUGCCUACCGACACACUCAUGUAUCCUUCACUCGGCAUUGACAAGGAGCGCUUGAGCAGCUCAUCGCUGAGCUGCCUGUUUAUCGUCGGCUUCUUCCUAUACUCUGAACGGUUCACAAACAGAAGCGCGUUGUCGCUUCCGUACAUAUUCAGAAUGUUUUCGUCAUCUUCUAAUUCGCGUUGCAGCCAAUUCCAGAUCUCGUACAGCUGAUAUCCGGACGUAUCCAAGUCCGUCGUCUGUCUCACCUUUAUCUGCGCCUUCUUUUUCAGGUCAGCGGCCGUCUCG